AUGUUCACUGCAGUGGCAGAUCACGGUGGGGAGUAUGGACCCUUCUCGACAGACAGAACUCUGAUUUUCAACAGAGUGAUUACAAACAAUGGUGAUGCCUACAAUUCCACUUCAGGUAUCUUUGUUGCACCUUAUGCAGCUGUUUAUUAUUUUACCUUCUUCUAUCAUGCUGGAGGAGCACGUAAAUCAGCGCUGUCACUGAUCAAGAGCAACAACGUCAUUGUCACGACAUCUGAUGACAGUGCAGGCUCUGACACAGAUAAUAAUGCAGGAAACGCAGCAUUCCUGCACCUGAAAGCAGGAGAAGAGGUGUCUGUGCGUCUGCCUGCAAAUUCUCGUGUUUGGGCAGCCGGCAGCACUACCUCCUUCAGUGGUUUUCUGGUCACUCAACUGUGA